UGCUCACCUGCACCUCCCGAUGUCUUUUAGUAGCCAAUAAUUCUGUUUCAGAUUGGGCCUGACCUGACUUAAAUCUGAUUGGUCUUAGUACUUAAAGAGCUUGAGCUAAGAGUAAGUGGUAAGAGAUGGGAAACAACAACGUUACCGGUCAACAAGUAUCAGAGGAAAGUGCUAAGGGCUUCGAGGAAACCAUAGAUGGUACGGAUUGGUUACCUGGGCUCGACAACAUAAACGAUAAGGAGAAGGAUCACAGGGAGUAUGCAGAUGUGUCAGAGUCCUUAAAGGGCACCAUCAUCUCUAAUGGUGGAGGUGAACAAAUGGCUUUAGAUCAAAGCAAUUUGUCUACCAAGAACAAAGACUUGGAUGAAAAGAACAGGUGCUCACAUCAGGAUCACACAUCAAUGCAAGAUGAUGAUCAAAAUAUUAACUUGCCUACAGAACAAGGUGAUGAAACACAAGAGGACAACGAAACUGAAACAACCACAAAUUCUACAGAAAAAUAUAUUCAUGUCAGCACCACAAUUGAGGAUAUGGCAAGCAGCAAGGAUACUUCACCAUCUAAUGAGAAACUCAAACAACUUGUACAUGAAACUGCAGAGGGAAGUGAACAAAGCACCUUAGCAAAUCCCCACAGGUUGUUACAAGAAAAUAUUGAAGGUCCGCCAGGAGAUGAGAAGGAAUCUUGGAGUCAAGAAGUUGCAGUGAUGUGUGGUAAUCUACCAGCAGAUACAGUUGAAAGCCUACAAGAAACAAAAAUUGGGGUGUCAACAGUAGAUAAUCUAUUGACACCAUGGCCAAUACAAGGAGAAAGUACAUCACUAACUGAAUCAAUUAUCAGUGGUUAUCUUGAUGCUGAGACUAAGGAGAUUGUCAUCAAAGAUGAACCUGGAGAAAGAGAUAAUUCAUCGUAUGUGCGAGCAGAAGAUGGCACCAACCAAGAAAAGUCCAAGAAACAUAAUGCUGGAAUACCAGAAGAGAAGCAAGCAAUCUGUGAAAUGAGAAAAAGCUGUGAAACUAUAACAUCAGAGACUGUGAUUGAAAUGCUAGAAGAAGACAAGAAGAUCCAUGGAUUAGAAAAUCAUGAGGAAGAAUUUCCAAAAUGUAGUGCAUUUGGUGCUCUCGAUAUUGGUCAAGUUGUUUCCAUAUUUCAGUCAUCUUUAACAGAUCCAAGUGCAACGAAUGGCAAAGAAUUUCAGAAUCAUGAACUAAAGAAGAGUAUAGCUGCCACAGGACAGAUGACAGAUUCUGUAAGUGCAAGAAUGGAGCACAAUUUAAUUGAAAAAACAAACACAGAGCAAGAUGGAACAGUUGACAAAGCUGCUGUAGUGAAGAAUCUAGCAGAAGAUCUUGAGCCAAGUAAGAAAUUUGAUGGUGUCCCUGACCUUGUCAGCCUUCUUGAGGUCAAUGGAAAAGAUUUUACAAGCUUAUACCCACCUUUAUCUGACCCUUUUCCUAUUUUGAAUGAAGAAAAGGUACAAAAAGAUGUCAUGGCAGAAGAAUUAGCUGUACCUAUGACUGCAUCUGCUCUUCAGUUAGUACAAGAUUCAGUCAAGAAGGGAUAUAUGAAACAUGAUAGCUCAGAUAACAAUGAAGCCAAGACUACAGAUACACAAGAUACUGUGAACAUCUCACAAUGUGCUGAGCCACAACAGAUACUGCUUGAAGAACCUGAAGUAGUCAAAUUUGAGGACAGUGAGACCCUUAGCAUUUGCACGAAGUUGUACAGAUCAACAACAGGUUUAACCUCUUGCAGGGAAUACAACAUGGAGAGAGAAGGAGCGUAUGCUACAGCCGAGUGUUUUACUUCUGAAUCUAGUCAAGAGAAAGUCACAGGGACUGCAGGCUUUACUCCUGAAUCCAAACAAAUGAAAGUCAUCACACAUGCUGACAAGGCUACUGAGGAAUGGUGCUUGUUUCAGAAACCAUCUCUAGGAAGAGCUGCCAGUGAAGAGAUUCCAUUACUUCAAAAUGCAGAAAACUUCAAUUCUUUAAGCUAUUCUAGUGAACAACAUAUCAAAGUUGCAGAGGACAUCCCCAUGAAAGACAUCACUCUGAUGCAAUCCAAAGAUGAAGCCGAGGAAGAACCAGAGAAUAGUCCACUGUUGGGCCCCAGGGAGCCAUCAGAAGGAACCUUCAGAGCACUAAAUCACUCUGCAAGAAACAAUAAACCUCUUACUAGCUUAAUGACGGAGGACCAGGUUGGUACAUUGCCUCUAUUGAAGGAACAAGAACACGUUCAAAAGAAAAUCACCACAGUUAGUUCUCCCAGAAGCAAGGAAAGAAAGAAGUCACAAUCUUCCAUUUUUGCCAGUUGCAUUUGUUGCGCCUCAAAUACAAACUGAAGCAUCACUCCAUGUGCUUUAUUUUUCUUAAUUUUACUGCUUGAGUGGUUUGUUCUAAAGGUUUGAUGCUUGAGUAUGCUUGGUGAAGAGUGUCCUGCAGUUGUCGGAAUAUUUCAGGUACCACAACUUGUAUUUCAUCAAAAGUUUUGAAUUGUCUUUGGCUUUA